UCAACGCGUAACGGCGUAGUGAAGUGACGUUUAGAGCAUCCAGGAAGAGAGUUGCAGAAACGUUAGAACAACGUGAGAGUAUUUUCCACAGCUUUUAGCCACAUUUGAUCAGCCGUGGUCAUUAAAAGGCUUCAACACAACAAGGGAAACUUCAGUUAAGUCAUGGCCCUGAAUAAGUCCAUGCAUCCCCGGAACCGGUACAAAGACAAACCACCUGAUUUCGGUUACCUGGCUUCCAAAUAUCCAGACUUCCAGCAGCACGUGCACACCAGCCUCGCGGGAAGACCUGUUGUGAAUUUCAAAGAGCCAGAAGCAGUGCGAGCGCUGACCUGCACCCUGCUGAAGGAGGACUUUGGUCUGACCAUCCAGAUCCCUCUGGAGCGCCUCAUUCCCACUGUUCCCCUCCGCCUCAACUACAUCCACUGGGUGGAGGACCUCAUUGAUGGCCAGAAGCAGCUACGCAGGGGCAUCGACAUAGGCACGGGUGCGUCCUGUAUCUACCCCUUGCUGGGAGCAACAAUGAACGGCUGGUACUUCCUCGCCACAGAAGUGGACGACAUCUGUUUUGACUAUGCGACAAAAAACGUGGAGCAGAACAACCUGUCUGAUCUGAUUAGAGUUGUCAAAGUCCCUCAGAAGACGUUACUGAUGGAUGCCUUGAAAGAAGAGACAGAAAUAGUUUACGACUUCUGCAUGUGCAACCCUCCUUUUUUUGCCAACCAGCUGGAAGCAAAGGGGGUUAACUCCAGGAACUCACGACGACCUCCUCCUAGCUCAGUGAACACAGGCGGGGUCACGGAGAUCAUGGCCGAGGGUGGUGAACUGGAGUUUGUCAAGAGGAUCAUACAUGAUAGUCUGCAGCUCAAGAAACGCUUGCGGUGGUACAGCUGCAUGUUGGGGAAGAAAUGCAGCUUGGCACCUUUGAAAGAGGAGCUGAGGAAGCAAGGGGUGCCUAAAGUGACGCACACAGAGUUCUGCCAGGGCAGGACAAUGCGCUGGGCACUGGCCUGGAGUUUCUACGAUGAUGUGAUUGUUCCGUCUCCUCCCAGUAAGAAGCGCAAACUGGAGAAGGGGAGAAAGCCGCUGUUGUUCACAGUACCAGAGCAGGGAGUGAAGGAGCUCCAGACCAAGGCCUUGGCUGUAGGCUGCACUGCUCGCAACCCUGUGGAGAGCAUCACUGUUCUGCUGGAGAAAACCCUCACUGACCUAAAGGUGUUGCACAAACAUGUCCCCUGCAGAAAAGAGGAGCAGAGCCUUCAUCUAACAGCUGUGGAGAACACGUGGAUCCACAUUCGUCAGAAACGGCGUGAUGGGGCGCGACAGCUGCGAGAGCUUCCCAGGGCACCUCAGUCUGCUGGAACCAGCUCUCAAAUUACCAUGGUCACAGUUGCCCCCACCACAUCUUCACAAUCUCAAAACCAGUUUGUGCCCACAGACAACACCCAGGAAGAAAUUGCUCAGGACAAUUGUGCCUCUGCAAAUGAGACAACCAAAGAUGUGACACUGAACCCUGCUGGAGAACAAAAUCAGGUCUCAGAAAAUGCAUCAGGUAGAGACGUGGAAAUGGAGUCCUCAACAUCCACAGGAGCAGGACAGGAAACAGGACCAAAGGAAGUGUCUGCUGAAGCAAGUGAGCCGCCCUGUAAGCAAUCCCUUAGCCCUGCUGCAGUGGAACACUUCCUGUUUAAGUGUGUGCUGAAUGUCAUGCCUGAGGAGAGCAAUGUGAUGAUCGAGAUGCACUGGGUCGAAGGUCAGAAUAAAGACCUGAUGAACCAGCUUUGCACCUACCUGAGGAACACACUUUUCAGGUCCAUUGCAAAGUGCUGAAUAAUCAGCUAAAGUAAUCUAUUUUAAGAAAAAAAAAAAGUUGAUUCAGACCUACAAAUGACAGCUCACAUUAUUGUCAGAGACGUUUGACUGCAUCUCAGUUGGAAAAUAUUUUUGGGACAGUUUAUAUAAAUAUAUUUUGCGUAACUCUCUGCAGCUUUUGAGAAUUUUAAGCAUUUCAUUCACCUGUUGAGAUUUGUUCCAGGGAGAGAAAAACAUUUUGUUGCAGUUAUUUUAGUAACAUAAUUCAUAAUUGCUUGCACAGUGUACCUUUUCUGGUUGUGCAUAUUGUACAUUAUGAUUGAGUUCACAUAUAUUUGCAAUAAAUUGACAACUUUUUUAGUGUUUCUA